AUGAAUAUUUCCUGGGCUUUUCCCGAGACAUCUUCCUACGGGCUGUACUCUUGUCCUAAGUGCACUAGGACUUACUCUCACAAGUGCACCCUUAUGAGGCACCUCAGGUUGGAGUGCGGAGUCGGCCCAAGGUUCCAGUGCUCUCUCUGCGAGAAGAAAUUCAAACAUCGGCAUCAUCUUCGGGACCAUGAAAAGACUCACUCACAACACUCUAAUUUAACAGCGCAAAUUUAA